UUUCCUGGAACUCACAUUGUAGACCAGGCUAGCCUCGAACUCACAGGGAACUACCUGCCUCUGUCUCCUAAGUGCUGGGAUUAAAGGCGUGUGCCCCCAUGCCCAGCUGACAAAUAAUAUAUUUUAAUAGGCUGUCUUUUAUUUAUUCUUUGACAGUUUCACACAUGUAAACAAUGUAUCUUAAUCAUAUCCCCUCCCAGGUACUAAGACACCCCCUCUACUUCAUGCCCCCCCAUACUCCUUUUUGAAACCCACUGAGUCCAGGUAGUGCUGCCUGAUGGAAUGUAGUGAUCCUGUUGACUUAACAUUGUGCUGGUCUUAGGCAGGUAACCACAGUGGCUGUGAGCUCAGGGGCGCAGUAGCCAUACCAUAUCAAAAGACAGCAUUUCACAACACUCUUCCCCAUCCUCUGACUCUUGCGCUCUUUCUACCUCUUCUUCCGUGAUGUCCCUUGAACCUUUCCAGUGGAUGGGUGGUGAUGAUAUGUCCCUUGAACCUUUCCAGUGGAUAGGUGGUGGUGAUAUGUCCCUUGAACCUUUCCAGUGGAUAGGUGGUGAUGAUAUGUCCCUUGAACCUUUCCAGUGGAUAGGUGGUGGUGAUAUGUCCCUUGAACCUUUCCAGUGGAUAGGUGGUGAUAUAAAUGUCUCAUUUAGGACUGAGUACUCAGCACUUACUUAUUUCAACACUUUGACUAGUUGUGAGCCUCUGCAUUGACUGCUGGCCACUACAGACGGGGAUGCUUCUCUAGCCAAGGUUGAGGAACACUAACCUGUAAACUAGAUAGUUAGAAGGCAGACCAUUUAGCAAGGCUUUCCUAGAUUUUCCACUAGGGUCUAUGACAUUCCAAGCCACAGACUUUCGGCCCAGUGUGAAUUCCCUCCUGCAGAGCAGGCCUCAAACCCAACCCAAAAUCGGUUGGUUACUCCCACAACCUCAUCCCACUAGUACAACAGUGAGCAGAUCUUGCCUGGAAGGUCAAUGUUGUAGGAAAAUAGCACAUAAUAAAUUAAAAAGCCAGUCACUUCAGAGAAUUGAUCCUCCUCUUUAUUAAGGGCGUGACACUGAAAUGCCAUCAAGUACAUGUUUACAGACAUAGCUUGGAUAUUGUAGGCAGUUCUGAACUGAGAUUGACCUUCAGGGUUUUCAUUUGGCAUGGCAAUGCCUGAUUUCUUUUUUUCUCUUAAUGCCUUUGACUGUCAUUCCUUGCCAUCGAAUUAGUUCUAUGCAAUUUCACAUGGUCUGUUCUCUAUUGAGCAGUAGACUGCCUGUGCAGUCCACUCCACUACCCGCUGCAGAGUCUCAGUUUGUUGACUUUGGAAUCCAGCUUUUCAAACAUAUUUCCACAUAAAGAGCAGGCUAUCUAAACAAUAAGGUUGAACAAAGGCAAAAUGGUCCCCAAAUGUCUUUGGACACUGGUUUCUCUAACUAAGACCACGGCCCUGGGGAUUCUUCCAACCUCCCUUUUCUUUUUCCUAAUUGGCAGGAACCCAAAGAUGUCCUAUGCCUUUACCCCUAAAAUCCUACACCUUAGGUGUGAAAACUGAACACACUUGGUACAUAUGUGCUCAUGUUCCUGAGACACAAUGGAAUGUGGAGCCCAGGGACUUCUCCAUCUUCCCAAAUGUUCAAAAAAUUCUGUGUACUAGACUCUUUAUAGUCAGACAAUUUUAGUCAUCCGAAAAUGCUUCUGAAAGCCCAUGGGACAUAGUCAUUUCAAUGGGGAGAAAUAAUGUUACCUAUCAUAUAAGGUGAAAAAAAAAAUGAUUUAUAGGAAACUAAACGUGGUGGCCAUCGCUGAAUCACAGUGGCCAAAAUGAAGUUUAAUCCCUUUGUGACCUCCAACUGAAGCAAGAGCCGCAAACGGCAUUUCAAUGCACCUUCUCACAUUGGAGGAAGAUCAUGUCUUCCCCUCUUUCCAAAGAGCUGAGACAGAAGUACAAUGUUCGGUCUAUGCCCGUUCGAAAGGAUGAUGAAGUCCAGGCUGUCCGAGGACACUACAAAGGCCAGCAGACUGGCCAAGUGGUCCAAGUGUCCAGGAAGAAAUACGUCAUCGACACUGAACAAGUGCAGCGAGAAAAGGCUAACGGCACAACUCUCCAUGCGGGCAUUCACCCCAGCAAGGUGGUUACCACCAGGCUAAAGCUGGACGAAGACCGCUAAAAGGUCCUGGAAAGGAAAGCCGAGUCUCGCCCGUAGGAAUGAAGGGUAAACACAAGGGAGAAACAAUUGAGAAGAUGCAGGAGUGGGAGCAUCUCAUACACAACUUUCAUUAAAGACUGCUUAAGUUAAA